GCGAGGCGGCUGGGCAUGAGCGGGCUGGCGCGGGUGAGACUGCUCGCGGGCUGGGCAAGGGAAGCCCGCGGCCCUGCUCCCGGCUGCCCCUUCCUUCAGCAGGGCCCAGCUAGUGCCAGACCUGCCCAAGCUGCCGCCGGCAAGGCGGCCGCUCCCCCCCCCAGCGCCAGCGGCUGCCUGGAGCUGGGAGAGGGCUGGAGGAAGCGGUGUGGGUGGGGGCGGGUGUCUCCCUGCCCUGGGGUGGCUGGUGCUGCUCUGCGGCGGGAUGAGGUAACGUCUGCGCCUGCUGACGCCAGAAGGAGACCAGGAGAGGAGCGGGGGUCUGCGGGACCGGCGGGGGAGCGCUGCCUCUGCCCCCUCUCCCUCCUGCCGCGCAGGCCUGGGAAAUGCCUGUGGUUCGCAGCUCUGACAGGGCCAGACGUGGGCCGCGCCGCGAGCCCUGACUCACCCGCCUCGCUUCCUGCCCCGGGGACCCCGGGGACGGCUCUGCGCGGUGGCCAGGGCCUCCUGUCGAGCCGGCGCGGCUCCGCGCCCUGCCCUCUGCCAUUGCCCGGGAAGCUGACUCCGGGCGGGAAGGCGGCCCAGGCUGGCGUGGGAGUGGGCGACUGGGUGCUGAGCAUCGACGGGGAGCUCACCAGCCCCAUGACGCACAUCGAGGCCCAGAACAGGAUCCGCGCCUGCGGGGACAGGCUCUGCCUCACCCUGAGCAGGGUCCCGAAUGCCCUGGGGAAGCAGCAGAAGGACUCACUCCCCUGCUCUGAGCCCCCGAAAUAUAACUUCGCUCCCAGCACCGCCCUCAACAAAACAGCUCGGCCCUUUGGGGCCAGCUCACCUCCGAACCCGCGGCCCGGGCUGGUGACGAAACCCGUGACGUACGCGCCCCUGGCGCCCGCCUGCACCCCCCAGCACAACGGGCACCCCCUGCGGCCGCUGAGCCCCCCGGGCCUCCUGCCCUGUGACCCCGGCAAAUUGAGGCUGAUAGAGGACACGGAGGACUGGCGGCCCCGCACCGGGACCUCCCAGUCCCGCACCUUCCGCAUCCUGGCCCGGCUCACGGGCACAGACUGCAUGGAAGAUCCUGAUGAUGAGCUUGUUAACAAGUCCAGCCAGGUAUCCGUGCCGGACUCAUCCCCGGGAGCAGUGAUGAAGACGGAGCCGGGACUGGCCCCCAGGACCCCCACGGCCACCCCCGGCCCUGCCAGCCGCCCACCCUGGGCUGUGGACCCGUCCUUCGCCGAGCGCUACGCCCCGGACAAGACGAGCACGGUGCUGAGCAAGCACAGCCAGCCGGCCACACCGACCCCCAUGCAGAACCGCAGCUCCAUCGUGCAGGCGGCCCAGCAGGCGCCCGAGGGCCCCGGUCGCACACCGCUCUGCUACAAGUGCAACAAGGUCAUCAGGGGACGCUACCUGGUGGCCCUGGGACACUAUUACCACCCGGAGGAGUUCAUCUGCUGCCAGUGCAGGAAGGUGCUGGAUGAGGGCGGCUUCUUUGAGGAAAAGGGCUCCAUCUUCUGCCCCAAGUGCUAUGACUCGCGCUACGCGCCCAGCUGUGCCAAGUGCAAGAAGAAGAUCACCGGGGAGGUCAUGCACGCGCUGAAGAUGACCUGGCAUGUGCAGUGCUUCACCUGCGCUGCCUGCAAAACGCCCAUCCGCAACCGUGCCUUCUACAUGGAGGAGGGACAGCCCUACUGCGAGAGAGACUAUGAGAAGAUGUUUGGCACCAAGUGCCGCGGCUGUGACUUCAAGAUCGAUGCCGGGGACCGGUUUCUGGAGGCAUUGGGGUUCAGCUGGCACGACACUUGCUUCGUCUGCGCGAUCUGCCAGACCAACCUGGAAGGGAAGACGUUCUACUCCAAGAAGGACAAGCCGCUGUGCAAGAGCCAUGCUUUCUCCCAUGUGUGAGGGGCGAGAGUCCAGCUGUGCCCACGCAUGCCCCUGGCCCUGCAUGCUCCUCUGCCCCCUCCCCUGCCCCCAGGGAGCCAGGCUGGGAACUCGCCCCUUCCCCUUGCUCCCACCUCUUUCCUGGCGUCUCCUGGCCCUGCUCCAGCCCGGAGGCAGCGCAGUGCCCUGAGCCCCUCCCUUCUGGCUGGGUCGCUUGUUCUGUGCACCUCUGGCUGACCCUAGGAGCCACGGGAAGGGAGCGCUGCUUGGUUUCCUGCCCCUGAGCUGCUCGGAGUCGGGGCAGGCUGCAGCCGGGCUGCUCCCUUGCUCAGAUGGGGCCCUGCUGCCUCGGCGGCUCAGCACUGAGCGGGUGAGGAGCAGCCCCCCAGCAGUGGUGCCAAGCUGUCCCCACCUCGCCCGCUUCAAGCAGUAGACUCUGUGCGGGGCUGGAGAACCACUGCUCUCCCCGCGGGGGCCCUGCCUGUGGCAAACGCGCAGCCAAACCACGGUGCAAACUGCUGCGGUGGCUUCCUCCCCCAGCCCGCCCCCCAGGGCUGCGCAGUCAGGGGGGUCCAUGCCCAUCCCCACACCCAGCUGCCUCCUGCCCCUUGCUCCGCCGAGGCUGGGCCGAGGAGCUGGCUGCCCAGCCGCGGCCCGGGGCGCAGGGCUGCGUGCCAAGCCCGCCUUGGCGGCUCGUGCUGAUGUCCAGCUUGCGGGCUCCCCCGAGGCUCGGCAAUGGCUUCCUACCAAAGAGCGUGUGCCACUGCUGUCCCCGAGCUGUAAACGCCUCUCCCAAACCCACACUCUCCAGUUGGGCUGUGUCUGAUGUAGCCACGGUGCUUUUAGUGCCUUGAAUAAACACGUCUCUGCAA